CUGCCUACUAAUUUAUUGGUUUCUGGUGAUGUAAGCUGUCUACGACAGUGUUUGAGACUCAAAUCUACUGGUCCUGGGCGUGGGGUUUGUGGAAUGUAGUUCUUGACAAACACCUCCUUCUUGGACAUCAGCAGGAAUCUUGAUCCGCAAGAUCCAACCACGCAGUGUUGCCCAACAUCACCAAAAUGCCGACCACGAGGAGCUCGAAAAGAGUCGCAAAGACCUUACCCACACCCGCCAAGCAUAUCUCGCUCGCAGCUCGCAAACGCUCGUCCAAUACACAGUUGCCAUCGCAAAGCAAGAAAACUACAGCAAGUCCCACGCGUUUCGAGCAAGAUCAGCCCAAGAAGACAUCUAUACAUUCGCCAGACCGACCUUCCUCACAUCCCUACCUCAACACCCCAGACCUCAAUCGUACAACAUCCGGUCUCUUCCUCACAGAUCGAGAUGUGCGACUUCCUUCGCCACGAACACAUCCCAUGGACUCCGGCUCGCUGUGCUCAAGACCUGGGUCUCGUCCUGCAUCUCCCAUAGCUCGAGCACCCUCGCCACUUCGACAUGAAAUUUUGCUUCGCGAUGAAGGAGACCAAAACAUAAAACCUGGGGAUAUCGAGAUCGUACGUUUGGAAGUUGAGGACGAUGGCCAUUUCGACAUGAUGAUUUCGUUGCGUGAUGCGGAGAUACCCGAAGUGAGGACCAGGAACGUACCGACGAUGUUUCUGGAUGUACUCACGAAGAAAUUCGAUGAGUGGGGCGUGGCAUGGGUAAAGAAGUGAGGGUGUUCGGGUCUGAAUGCUUGAGUGCAAUUGGAGCAAAGAGAUGACUGCAAGGGCAGGACCAAGAAUGGGUGCAAUUACGGUGGCGACUGCCAAAGGCGAUGGUUGCGCUGGGCAGCUGUGUGUGUGUGUGUGGCUCGAGGCUGUGGAAGUCCACACCUCGUGGUUGCGCAAUGUCCAAGAGUUUGUCAAUGUGACCGUGCUGAGAUUCUGGGCACUCGAAG